AUGGCACUGUUGGCAGCUGCCCACCUCGUCUGCCGGAUUCGAGCUUGGAUGCUUGGGCUCAAUGAGCUCAAUCAGCGCUCAUAUCCCAUCACAAGUGGGAUGUCCUAUAUCGGUAGCUCCUUCGAAUUCACCCCCCUCCGUCCGUCCGUCCGUCUGUCAAAGCAGGUGCUCUCAGAAACCGAAAUAUCCUCAUCUUGCUUCAACCUGCCUAAUUAUUCUACUAGCCGCAUUUAA